AGUUUGGUCACUAAAUCAUCAUCGCAAUCACUGUAACGCAUACCCCUUAUCCAUGGAAUCCUCUAAAAUUCUCCCACUGUCUCACCUCUCCUCCUUUUUCCCUCCAAGACCAAACAGAACUGCAUCUUACCCUUUUAGGCCAUGGUCGACACGAAAAACAUCUCAAAUCACUCCUCGCUGCCAAAAGAUGUAUGUGCCUGGAUUUGGAGAAGCAUCCCCAGAAGCCAAGGCAGCCAAAAACCUCCACAAUUUCUUCACUUAUGUUGCCGUCAGGAUCGUUACUGCACAGCUUGAGUCUUUUGACAGAGCAGAGCUACAACACAGAGGCACACGAGGAGUUGAUGGGAUUUUUGAGUAAACACUCAUUAAAUGAUGGAGACAAGUUCUGUGCUGAUUUGAUGAGAGAAUCUCCCAGGCAUAAAAGUUUAGCUCUGCGCAUAUUAGAGGUUCGAUCUGCAUAUUGUAAGAAUGAUUUUGAGUGGGACAACUUGAAGCGGUUGGCAUUUAAGAUGGUGGAUGAAUCCAACACAAAACUGAUGAGGGAAUAUGUCUUAGAAACUAGCCAGGAAAACGAGUAGUGAUCUCUCUGUGAAAGUAUAAUCUUUAUGGACUAAUAAUAGAAGUGCUCAUGGUCAAAUUUAAGGAUUUUGGUUUUCUCAUGCAAUAUAUAAUGUGGAAAUUCUAGAUUUUUAACUAUGUAAACUAUUUUCUUGCCAGAAAACAUGAAUUAUGAAUCAGUGAAUAAUUUAUGGGGGAAAACAAUGCACUAGUAGUUUUACCAUA